GAACGAACAUGUUCAAUGCCGCCGUCUGUGCUGUGAAUAUCUGCAGCUCGUCGGUCUUCCGAGCGCAUGGGUGUCCAUUCCCAGCCUUCGCAGCUGGCGUGGGAGGUGCCCGUCAGGGGAGUACCGGCCCGCGCGUCCCGGCACUCGCUGCUGACCUCGUGAGACGGCGGUCGGGUCAAUCAUGCUGACGAGGAACUGUCCUGGUCCGUUCAUAGCUCGUUGGUUGCAUCCGCCUGGAUCCUACUUGGAGGAUACGAGCACUGUUCUGGCUCACACGGGAAGGCGAAGGAUGCCAUCCACCGGGCGAGGCGUGGACACUUUCAACUCCGAGAUGUCUUCCGCUGACAGCCUCGCAUGACAUGGUGGCGACGGGCUUUUCGUGGAGCACGACCUUCCCAGGCCAAGGAAUCACGACAUUACCAUCCGCUCCGAGUCGCCGUGCAGGACCGUGCACACUGACCUACCUCGCCCUCGCUGUUGCCGUCGGCGUCCUCUGGUUCGUCAAACUAUCCUUCGGCUGGCGCGCCGCUGUCAGCUCCAUCCGGGACUACCCUGGCCUGCGUUAUGUCUUCGGCCCGGAGAGCUUCACCGUACAGUGGCGCAUCCCGUACUUGGCUGCGGGCAACUUUAGUCUCUGGACGGAGAAGCAUCAGGACUUCCAGCGGUUUGACUCGGAUGUCAUCUCCUCGGUCAGAUGGCUCCCCAGUCCUGGAAAGAUGCUCAUGCUCGCCGACCCUGACGCGAUCAAGGAAGUCACCUCCGCCCGAACGCGCUUCCCCAAACCGCUCGAGCAGUACAAGAUCCUGACCUUCUACGGCUCCAACAUCGUCGUGACUGAGGGCGACGAGUGGAAGCGGCACCGCAAGAUCUCCGCGCCGUCCUUCUCCGAGCGGAACAACCGCCUCGUGGCGGACGUCGCCGUCGACAACAUAGUGGACCUCACCGUCCCGAUGGCGUUGUUCGUCAUUGGCGUGGCGGGCUUCGGGCGGAGAAUGAGCUGGCAGGAGGAUCUGACGGUGCCGGCGGGGCACGUGAUGCCCUUCAAAGAUGCGCUGCAUAUCGUCUCGAACGAUCUCUGGCUCAAGGUUGUCCUCCCAUCAUGGCUGCUCAAGCUGGGUCCGACAAAGCGCGUGCGCAACUUUCGGAUGGCAUACGAGGACCUCCAGAAAUAUAUGACGGAGAUGAUCCAGAGGCGUAGGGACUCAGAGAAGAAGCAAGAACGGUAUGACCUGUUCAGCAGCCUGCUCGAUGCGAACGAAGAUGAAAGUGAUGGGACGAUCAAGCUGAGUGACAGCGAGCUCAUGGGCAACAUCUUCGUUUAUUUGAUCGCGGGACACGAGACCACGGCACACACCCUCGCCUUCACAUUCAUUAUGCUUGCACUGUACCAAGACGAGCAAGAGAUCCUCUAUCAGCACAUCCAGAGCGUCGUUCCCGAAGAUAGGAUCCCCGCCUAUGAGGAGAUGGGCAAACUCACAUAUCCGAUGGCGGUCUUCAUGGAGACCCUACGGAUGUUCCCUCCGGUGAACGCCAUCCCUAAACGUGCACAAGAAGAUAGCGUCCUCGUCACUCAGAACAUGGCAGGCGAGAAGCUGAACGUUCCGUGCCCCAAGGGCACAGGACUCGUCCUCCACACGCCUGGCCUGCACUACAACCCGCGGUACUGGGAUGACCCGUACACGUUCAAACCCUCCCGGUUCCUAGGCGACUGGCCGCGCGACGCGUUCCUGCCGUUCAGCGGCGGGCCGCGGUCGUGCCUCGGCAGGCGGUUCUCGGAGACGGAGGGCGUCGCGAUCCUGACGUACAUGAUCAAGCACUACCGGGUCGACGUCGUGGACGACCCGCAGUACGCCGCGGAGACAUUUGAGCAGCGGAAGGCGAGGCUGUUGAGGUGUAAGAGCGCGAUCACGCUGUAUCCUGUCAAGGCGCCGCUUGUGUUCAAGCGCAGAUGAUGGUGAGGUCGUGAAGGCGCGGUCACAGGAAUGGACCAGAUCUGCAAUAUGUACGUCAAUGUAUUUACGAGGUGUCACGGUGUAACCUAUCACAUACCUAUCACAUACUAUUAUGCAACGGUAUUUAUCACGGAUACAGAGAUGGAUCUCAUAGCAAACUCC